GGUCCUUCCGCCCCCCGCCCCCACGUUCACACCUCUGUUCCAAUUGCUUUCAACUUUCAAGAUUCUCGACAGCCAGCCGAUUUGAGAGAAUUUUGGCUCAUAGCAAAUGUUAAGCAGACUCCUUCAGAGAAGCUUCAAAACAGCAAGCACAAAAAUGGCAUCAGUAUAUAAGGUUGCGUUGGUGCAGCUUUGCCCGAAGCCUUUAGCUAUCGAUUACAACUAUCAAAAAGCAGUAGAGUUUAUCCGAAAAGCCGCUUCCAAAGGUUGCGACCUUGCCGUUCUGCCUGAAUAUCAUCUCACAUCAUGGGUUCCAGAUGAACCCGAAUUCCUGCAACUUUGUCACCACGACAUCACAUCCAAAUAUCUCUCUGGCUACCAGUCUCUCGCUUCCGAACUCAAGAUAUCUAUCGUCCCAGGAACCAUCUGCACUUUACACCCUGAAACUUCUCAUCUCCACAACACGGCUCACUUCAUUUCCCCCGAGGGCAAAAUUGUUUCUUCUUACAACAAGAAGAAUCUCUGGCAUCCUGAACGUCCGCAUCUAACCUCGUCUACAAAUGAUGCACACACCACUUUCGAUACUCCUCUUGGGAAAGUCGGUAUGCUUAUUUGCUGGGAUGCCGCAUUUCCGGAAGCAUUUCGGGAGCUUGUCUCUCAAGGCGCGAAAAUCAUCAUCAUCCCAACCUUCUGGACUCUCAGCGAUUGUACUCCUGCCGGGUUAGCACGAAACUCGCUUUCUGAAGAAUUGUUUGUUCAAUCUACACUAGUAUCCAGAGCGUUCGAAAAUACGUGCGGAAUCAUAUUCUGCAACGCUGGAGCCCCUGUAGGAAAGGGCAAGGAAGAUUCUGGAUUUUUGGGAAUCAGUCAGGUCACUGUACCAUUCCAAGGAGCUCUAGGCAAGAUGGGAAGGGAAGAAGGAAUGAAUGUGGUAGAGCUAGACAUGCAAAUUCUAGAAGACGCGGAAGAAGCGUACAAGGUACGCAUGGAUAUUGGGGGGGACGAUUGGCAUUAUGCACAUACGUUGAAGAGAGGAAAUAACAAUGAGGAAAGCAAGCUGUGAGGAACGUGGUUCGAUUCGAUCGUGCCUUGCUAUCAAAUCAUUGUCGAAAUACCAGAUCAACUCAAUAUCUCAAACUAACUAAAAUGAUUCUGGAGCAGUUCAUGAAUGUGGUGCCAAGGAGAGAAAAACAACCAACUGUUCAAAUUUUAAGUACUCUUUCGACCAUGAAAACAAAACCUAGGAAGAUUCAAUACCUCGUACGUACUGCUGUAGGCAUCAGAAAAUGGUUACUGAUGUCAUUGAUACUUCUUUUUAACUAUUACUCGACCAUGGUGCUUUUCGAAAUACUAAGUACUGGAAAACCAAACAUCUAGCUCCCGGUGAACUAUGAUGUACCUGAUAUAUCCCCAGUGAGGUGUCA